GCUACGAAGUGACUGAUCGCAUACGUUGAGUGUGUGUUGUCUUGUUUUAACCGUCUGCUGUAUUUGGCAGAGUAGUUGGGUUUCAUAAACUCCAUAAAACUUCCCAAGUAUCACAUUUGAGAAAACAGCAAAGUUAAUGACAAAUGGAACCUGUUAUAUCCUUAAAUCAAGGGGCUUCCAAAUGGGACAUCCGGCAGAAAGUAUGGGACUAUAUUGAAGCUAAGAACUUGGCAAACUUUCCACGACCUGUUCACAACAGAAUUCCAAAUUUUAAGGGGGCUCAAAGUGCCUGCAUGCAUGUCUCAAACCUUGAAGCGUUCCACAGAACAAAUGAGAUCAAGGUGGACCCAGAUAAGCCAUUGGAAGGAGCUCGCCUAGCUGUCCUACAGGCUGGAAAAACAUUGCUGGUUCCAACUCCCCGUCUGCGCACUGGUCUGCUGAAUAAGAUUGUUCCUCCCCAGGGAGCGAGCAGGGAUGACCUGCAUGUGUGUGCCACCUCCCAGGGGGUGAAGGAGUACAGUGUGCCUAUCGGUCUUAAUGACAAAGUCAAAGUGGACUUGCUUGUGGUUGGAUCAGUGGCAGUGUCUGAAAAAGGAUAUCGUAUUGGCAAAGGAGAAGGCUUUUCAGAUAUGGAAUAUGCAAUGAUGGUCUCAACUGGAGCAGUGAGAGAUGCAGUGGUUGUUACUGUUGUCCAUGACUGUCAGGUCAUGGAUAUUCCUGAAAAUCUAACAGAAAGUCAUGACCUCACAGUGGAUUAUAUCCUCACCCCAACCAGAGUCAUCAAGACAGACUGUAAACACCCCAAGCCCCAGGGCAUCAUAUGGGCAAAGCUGGAUGCAGCCAUGCUGGAGAAGAUACCAAUUCUGAAGAAGCUGCGUUACAUGGAACAGCAGGCCGGGAGGGACGUGACGCUGAAGGGGGCUCUGGUCGGAGCGGCAGUAGAGGAGACAAAGCGGAGUCCAGCCAGAGAACAGGAGCCCACGCUCAAGCGGGAGGACAUUGAGGAUGGUGCCCCCAGACAGACAGCUGUCACCACAGUGUACCUGGGCAGAAUACCUGCUGGGCUGCGUGUAAGCGAGCUGAAGAGUGCCCUGAGGGAGUGCGGCGCCACGCCGCUGAGGCUAAACUGGCAGGGUGCACAGCACAGAGCCUUCUUAGACUAUUGCGACAGGCAGGCCGCAGAAGCUGCCCUGCUCGCCCUGGAGGGACUGUCCAUAAACGGGAAGAGCAUACAGGCUGAGCUCGCUAAGAGUCAAAGGAGCAGCAGAAAACCUAGCCAUAAGCACAGGCAAGCCCAGAUGACAAGAGCCCAAACUGGGGCUGAGGCUCGUAGUGUUACAUAAACACACUUUACCACCCAUAGGCUUCAGACACUU